AUGCGAGAGGGGGAACCUUUGAAGACCUACUCAGAUAGAUACUGGGAGAUGUUUAAUGAAAUAAACGGAGACUAUGACGAUGUGGCCAUUAGUACUUUUAAGGUUGGCCUCUCAGCCGAGCAUGAUUUGAGGAAAUCUUUGAUUGGUAAGCUUGUUACUAGUGUGCGUCAACUUAUGGAUCAGAUUGACAAGUACAGAAAGGUAGAAGAAGACCAACUGCAAGGGAAAGGAAAAGUUAAGCCAAGAUCUGCCAACACCCAGGUGGUUAAUGCUGUAUUCCGAAAACCAGUACAACAGGACUAUGGACACACUACAAAGGAUUGUAGAAACUUAUGGGACCAUUUAGACCAACUAGUCCGGGAAGGGAAAUUAAGGCAACUCUUGCAUCAUUCUAGUGGCCAGGGAAGCCAAACGGGUUCGAAGUUUCGGGGAGAUGCUUCUUCGAGACUCCCUCUAGGAACGAUAAAUGUCAUAUUCGUUGCCCCAGGGAGGACCAGAUCUUGCCCUUCUAGAGUAAUGUCAGUAUCUCUUUACCCAGCUGAGGAAUCUAGUUUAAUGCCAAAAAGAGUCAAGAUGGGCAUCCCACUGGUGUUAGGUUUUUCAAAUGAGGACAAAUUUGGAACUAUACAGCCUCACGAUUAUGCUUUGGUGGUUACACUUAGAGUUGGUGGGUAUGAUAUGAAAAUGGUGAUGAUCGACUAG